AUGGAGAAGAAGUUAAGGAUGGAGAAGAAGUUUGGGAUGGAGGAGAAGUUUGGAAUGGAGGAGAAGAAAUUAAGGAAGAAAAGAGAAGAAGUUAAGGAAGAAGAAAUUUUGGAUGGAGAAGAAGUUAAGGAUAAAGAAGAAAGUAUGGAUGGGGUAGAAGUUAAGGAAGGAGAAGUUAAGGAGGGAGAAAUGAUUAUGGAUGGAGAAGAAGUUAAGGAAGGAGAAGAAGUUUGGAAUGGAGGAGAAGAGUCGAAGUUUGGAGAAGAAAUUAAGGAAGAAAAAUUUAGGAAGGAGAAGAAGUUAAGGAAGAAGAAGUUUUGGAUGGAGAAGAAGUUUAGGAUAAAGAAGAAAUUAUGGAUGGGGAAGAAGUUUGGGAUGGAGAGGAAGUUUGGAAUGGAGAAGAAUCUACUAAGUAUAGAGAAGAAAUUAAGGAAGAAGAAGUUAAGGAAGGAGAAGAACUUUGGGAUGGAUAGGAUAGGAGAUUAUAAACAAGUUAGGGAAGGAGAAGAAGUUAAGGAUGGGGAAAUAGUUUGGGAUGGGGAGGAAGGGAAGGAAGGAAAAGAAGUUAAGGAAGAAGAAGAAGUUUUGGAUGGAGAAGAAGUUAAGGGUAAAGAAGAAAGCAUGGAUGGGGAAGAAGUUUGGGAUGGAGAACAAGUUAAGGAGGGAGAAAUGAUUAUGGAUGGAGAAGAAGUUAAGGAAGUAGAAGAAAUUAGGGAUGACGAAGAACGUAAGGAUGGAGAAGAAGUUAUGGAAGGAGAAGAUGUUAAGGAAGAAGGAGAAGAAAUUAAGGAAGGAGAAGAAGGUAGGGAAAGACAAGAAUUUUGGGAUGGAGAAGAAGUUAAGGAUGGAGAAGAAUUUUGGCAUGGAGGAGAAGUUUGGAAUGGAGGAGAAGAAUCGAAAAUGAAGUUAAGGAAGCAGAAGAAGAAGUUCAGGAGGAUGGAGAAGAAGCUAGGGAAGGAGAAAAAGUUAAGAAUGAAGAACAAGUUAGGGAAGGAGAAGAAGUUAAGGAUGGAGAAAAUAGUUUGGGAUGGGGAAGAAGGGAGGGAAGGAAGGAGAAGAAAAGUUUGGGAUGGAGAAGAAGUUAAGGAGGGAGAAAUGAUUAUGGAUGGAGAAGAAAUUAGGAAUGAUGAAGAAAGUAAGGAUGGAGAAGAAGUUAACGACGUAGAAGAUGUUAAGGAAGAGGGAUAA